CUUCCCACCCCAAGAAGCAUUAAAAAAUGGCUACUCAAGCAGUAAACAAAACCGGCUCCGGAUGGCCUCGACGAAACAGCCACGGUACAGGGUUGACGGAAAUGAACAAACUACAGACAAACCAAUCGAUGACGCUUAACAGAACUAUAAAUCUCUAUCCAUUGACUAACUACACGUUCGGAACGAAGGAACCCUUAUUCGAGAAGGACCCAUCGGUGCCCGCCCGCUUCCAGCGGAUGCGUGACGAGUUUGAUAAAAUAGGAAUGCGCAGAUCGGUCGAAGGUGUUCUGCUGGUUCAUGAACACGGUUUACCGCACGUAUUGCUGCUGCAGUUGGGUACAACUUUCUUUAAGCUACCUGGUGGCGAACUGAGCGCUGGGGAGGACGAAGUCGAAGGCCUGAAACGGCUACUAACGGAGACUCUAGGACGACAGGACGGCGUGAAGCAGGAUUGGAUCGUCGAGGACACGAUUGGCAACUGGUGGCGUCCGAACUUUGAACCUCCGCAGUACCCGUACAUCCCGCCGCACAUCACGAAGCCGAAGGAGCACAAGCGUCUGUUUUUGGUGCAGCUACACGAGAAGGCGCUUUUUGCCGUACCGAAGAACUACAAGCUAGUGGCGGCCCCGCUGUUCGAGCUGUACGACAAUUCGCAGGGUUACGGACCUAUCAUAUCAUCGCUGCCACAAGCACUCUGCCGGUUCAACUUCAUCUACAUGUAAAGAGUAAACCGGCAGGCGAGAUUGUUC